CAUUUCCCUUAUGAUAAUAUGAUGACAGAUGCGAGCCAUUUAUAUCGAACUCGGUCGUGAAUUGUGAAUCGAUGUGACGCUAAACCCAAUCGGUAACCCUUGUAUCCGUACAUCGCAUCUCAAUCUUCAUCAUUCCAUUCUCUAGCUUUGGAUUCUGCGACAGUACAGGUAUUCUUUCCACGCCUCUCACUAAUAUCCAACGGAAAGCUGCCAGCAGCAUACAGAUUACCUUCACCUCAAUAAUGGCGACCCCAACGACCGACCCAAAGCUCAUGUCCUCGCGACUCAUGAACAUGAAGUUCAUGCAACGCGCCACCGGCACCCCCCCUUCCACCCCCGCCGAACCCCCCAGCAAACGCCAACGCCUAUCCACCUGCCCCACUCCAUCCACGCCCUCCUCCACCUACGCCCUUCCUCCCUCCGCCUCCCGCGACCAGUUCCUCGAGCACCAAGCACAGUUCUCGGGCGAGACGCAGUGGGUGCUGAGCGUGGCGCCGCGAGAGGGCGGGGAGAGCGGAGGAGAAGGGGGGAUGAAGGUAAGGAAGGUGGGGUUUGCAGCGAUUGAUGGGGAGGAUGGGGGGGAGGGGAGGGAGGAGGAUGAGGAGGGGGAAGAGGGUGAAGUGGGUGAGGGGGAAGGGGUACGGACGGGGAGGAAGAAAGUGGCGGUGGGAAGGAGGACGUAUGGGAAUUUUCAGCGGAAGAAGGAGGAAAAGGUAUGUGGACACCCUAUUCUUCGUUGAAGGUCAUAUGACGAUGGAUCUUCCAUACGACCUUGCCAAAACCAGAAUACCACGCCCCCGACGACGACCUAUCCUCCGACACCGACUCCA